AUGCAGUCGACGUAUUCGAUUCCUCCUCAGAACAACCCCAAUGCUACUACUGCCAUGUACUAUUCUCCAAAUACUGUCAGUACUCAACCUGUCAUGACCUAUUCUCAACCAAUCGUGUCGCAUACUCAAGUAGCUCUUGUCGACAUGCCUCCACACGCUCAGCAAAAUCCCAUGAUGCACAUGUCAUCUGCCACUGUUUCCCUUCCAGUGACUCAAGAACAAUAUUUCGCUCGUCACAUUCGUCUUCAAGAAAAUUCUCAAACUUUCAAACUUGUCGUUGAAAAGGAAGGAAUUCUUAGUAGCUUUUUCGGAGUCAUUCUUCUCAUCUUAUUCUUCCCAUUGUACAUGUGUAUGGGUGGAUUGGGAGGUAGUAGUGAAGGUUGUUUACUUGCCAUAAUCAUUGUUCUCAUUUAUUGGAUUGUUGCCAUUCCGAUUAUUUUGUUGGUCGCUCCGUUGGUGCUGAUUUAUAUCUUGUUUACUGAAACAUCGACAUUGAUCAGUAUGGAUGAUGCAAAACGUGAAAUGUUGAUUCAAUUUCGAAAACGUUAUUUUGCCUCGAGUGGAGAAGAGGCUGUCUUGACUUGUUGUCAAAUUCCUUAUAUGGAAAUUGGAAAGGUCUUUCUCUCAAAGAAAGCAGGAAAGCACAAAGUCAUGCUUGAAACCAAACAUGGACAAUUAUUUGAAUUUUCAUUGGGAAUGAACGAAGAGUACGCAAAGGAAGAAUUGAAUUAUUUGGUGAAAUUCUUUCAAGCGAGAGGAGUGGUGGUAGAUUUCAAUCAUGGAACUCCACAAAUGAAACCUUAA